GCCGCCGCCGCCGGCCCCGCCCCCGGGCACCAUGCUGCCCUCGCAGGAGGCCUCCAAGCUCUACCACGAGCACUACAUGCGGAACUCGCGGGCCAUCGGCGUGCUAUGGGCCAUCUUCACCAUCUGCUUCGCCAUCAUCAACGUGGUGGUCUUCAUCCAGCCCUACUGGGUGGGCGACAGCGUGAGCACCCCCAAGCCUGGCUACUUCGGCCUCUUCCACUACUGUGUGGGCAGCGGGCUGGCGGGCCGCGAGCUCACCUGCCGAGGCUCGUUCACCGACUUCAGCACCAUCCCGUCCGGCGCCUUCAAGGCAGCCGCCUUCUUCGUGCUGCUCUCCAUGGUGCUGAUCCUCGGCUGUAUCACCUGCUUUGCGCUUUUCUUCUUCUGCAACACGGCCACGGUCUACAAGAUCUGCGCCUGGAUGCAGCUCUUGGCAGCUCUGUGCCUCGUGCUGGGCUGCAUGAUCUUCCCCGACGGCUGGGACGCCGAGACCAUCCGGGACAUGUGCGGGACCAAGACUGGGAAGUAUUCCCUGGGGGACUGUUCGGUGCGCUGGGCGUACAUCCUGGCCAUCAUCGGCAUCCUCAACGCCCUCAUCCUCUCCUUCCUCGCCUUCGUGCUGGGCAACCGGCAAACAGACCUGCUGCAGGAGGAGCUCAAGCAGGAGAACAAAGAUUUUGUGGGCUCUACAGUAAGCUCCGUGUUGCGGCCAGGGGGUGAUGUCUCCGGAUGGGGAGUCCUCCCCUGUCCCGUCGCUCACUCACAGGGACCCUGAGGGCUAAGAUCACAGCCCAGGACUUGACCUGUCCUCAGCUUGUCCCGUUGCCUGCCCUCUCAUCCCUUCAUUCAAGCUCCGAGGGAAGAUCCCAUCCAGGACUGACUUCUCACCUGCUACCUGCCUGUAGCUCCAGGCUUUGAAGAGGUUGGGGCUGGGAUGCAGCAUGGGGGAGGGCCUGAUUCUGCUCCUCCCUCAACUGACCUAAGGGAGCUGGAGCCCUGGGCCCUUGGGCUUCUCCCUUCCUCCCUAGCCCGGCCUGGGGCCCCUGCAGAGUCUCCAGGGGAAGAGGCGCUGUGGUUUCUGUUCCCCAGGCCCUGGCAGUCUGGAGGGCUCCUGCCUGGCUGCAUCCUUGCCUCCUCUGGUCCCUGCCUCCUGCAGAAACUUAUUCAAGACACUGGCCCAGGGUGGACCGGACUCUUUACUAUCCCCCUCCCCCCCCCACCCAUGAUGGUUCCAUCACAUCAUCACAGAGCUCCAGGCACCACCAGCCUCCUCGGGGCCUCUCUGCUGCCCGCGCCAGCCUGUUUUCACCUCUCCCAAAGGAGUCUGAGCUGCACUGAGGGGGAAAGCACAGCGUGUCCCUUUCAGCUGCUGACGGGGGCCCUGGGCAGCCCAGAGUCUGAGGACAGACAGGCUCUGGAGGCAGUGGGAGGAGGCGCUCUGACUCCUGUCUCCGUGGCGUCUGACCAUGGCAGCUGGGGCUGGAAGGGGCUCAACCCGGGGCUGGCCUGGCCUUCUCCCUGCUGGGAUGUCUCACCAGUGACUGGACCCUUGACCCUGGCCUGUUUUGUACAGCACAGACUUCUUGGCCCUGUUGUCAGGGUUGGGGGUUUGGGAGGGGGGCCUAAGAGUGGGGAAUUAGGGGAUGCAUCACCCCUCUGCCCCUUCUCAUGCCCCCAAUCCGGGCAUCUGCCAAGGGCAGAGACUGUCUUGCCUCUUUGAUACUUUUUCUGCAUAACUUGAACUUGCAGGUCACCUCUGAACAGGGUACCCCCUGUCCCCCAUCCCCAGGCCUUGUAACCCUAUCCCCACCUCCACUUCCUCCUCCUUGCCCACCUCUCGCCUUGCGUUAUGCCCAGGGUCUGCAGCCCAAUGGGCAGUGCUUGGAGCUGAGGCAUGAGUGUGUGUGUGUGUGUGUGUGUGUGUGUGUGUGAGCGUGAGAGUGUGUGUGUGUGUGUGUGGAGGAGAGCAGAAGAGGAGUCUUCUUUCUCCCUCCCCUCCCACUGUGGGGGCAUCUCCUUCCCCCUUGGCCGGGAGCAAAUGGAGGAGACUCCAGGUGUUUCUGAACUCCCCUCACUGCCUGGUGGACCUGGUGGUAGAGCCAUCUGGCCUGGGGUGUGGACAGCCCCUUCCAGUCCCCGGUUCAGGCGGCAUGUUGGCCUCAUCUAGUGUGCCUGCUUGUGUCUUCGAGUACCGGGGGGAAGUGGUGAUCCACUGUGUAGCAGGAGCGUGAGACCUCUGCAGGUCCAAUGGGGAAGCUUGUUGUCAUCAUUUCCUAUGUGGGUCUCAGCCAAAGGAGGGGAGAAAAGCAGCGAGUGCCAUGUAUUUGCCAAUCUUGUGUUCAUUUCCAUAGGACUUGGACCUGAGAGGGUUUCCAAGACAGACCCUAGAAAUCCUCUGCGUGAGACCCCCAUCCGGACCCUAACUGGAAUCAGAUGCUGGGUCCUGGUAGGAUUCCUGAAACCUGGAACUCACUAAGUCCUCACCCUCCCUCCUCUUGAGCAAACACCUUUCCCCUGGUGCUCUGGCCCCAGCCCAGUGCUCCCCUAGCCUCCCCAGGGCUCUACCUGCAGGGCUGGGCUGUGCUGAAUGGGAGGGUCAGGGGAGCCUCUUUGGAGGCAGGGGACAGAAGUGAGUUCUUCAAAGAUCCAAACCAAAGCCCAGU